UGCUAUUCUCACAUCUCUAACCAGCUGUUUGUGCCUAGAUUCGCAUUAAAUUCGCAAUUUAAUCAAUUUUUGUUAAAUAUAUUAAAUAAAUAGAGUGGAAAACGUGCCUCUAAGAUGUCGGAUGACUUGCCGGACCAGUUUGACCUGGUGGUCAUAGGCACAGGUUUCAUCGAGUCCUGCAUCGCCGCUGCGGCCAGCAGAGUGGGAAAGUCAGUACUGCACCUCGACCAUAAUGAGUACUACGGCGACGUGUGGGGCUCCUUCACCAUUGACGGCCUGUGUGACCGCCUGAACAAGGAGACCGGAGCCCACUCAACGUUGCGAAACUGCAGUUACACCUGGCACAGCUCGGAAAAGGAACCGGAACCGGAAGCCAUGGAAGUUCAGGGGGAACAAAAAUGGAAUCGUGAAACCAUGCUGGCCAAAUCGCGUCGCUUUAGUCUGGACCUCUGCCCGCGCAUCCUCUAUUCCUCUGGGGAGCUGGUGCAGCUGCUCAUAAAGUCGAACAUCUGUCGCUACGCCGAGUUUCGGGCCGUGGAUCAUGUGUGCAUGCGGCACAACGGUGAGAUUGUGUCUGUGCCCUGCUCCCGCAGCGAUGUUUUCAACACGAAAACCCUGACCAUUGUGGAAAAGCGGCUGCUGAUGAAGUUUCUCACCGCCUGCAACGACUACGGCGAGGAUAAGUGCAAUGAGGAUUCCCUGGCCUUCCGCGGCCGCACCUUCCUGGAGUACCUGCAGGCACAGCGGGUGACCGAGAAGAUCUCUUCGUGCGUUAUGCAGGCAAUCGCCAUGUGUGGCCCCAACACCAGCUUUGAGGAGGGCAUGCAGAGUACGCAACGAUUUCUGGGCAGCCUCGGUCGCUACGGCAACACGCCCUUUCUCUUUCCCAUGUAUGGCUGCGGAGAGCUGCCCCAGUGUUUCUGCCGAUUGUGCGCCGUCUAUGGCGGCAUCUACUGCCUUAAGAGAACCGUGGACGACAUUGGCCUGGACGAGAAUACAAAGGAAUUUGUGCUGAGCAGUGCCGGGAAAACUGUGCGUGCCAAGAAUGUGGUCUCCGCUCCGGGUUAUCCACCCGUUUCUAGGGACAUCGAAAUGAAGCCUCACAUAUCACGCGGACUGUUCGUGUCUGCCAGUCCCUUGGGCAACGAAGAGCUCAAUAAGGGCGGUGGCGGCGUGAAUUUGCUGCGCCUUUUGGACGCGGAAAGCGGGAGAGAAGCUAUACUGAUACAACUGUCUCAUUACACUGGUGCCUGCCCCGAGGGAUUGUACAUCUUUCACCUGACCACGCCCGCUGUUAGCGAGGAUCCUGCCAGCGAUUUAGUUGCCUUCACCAGCCAACUCUUUGAUCCAACCGGCGCAGAAAUCAUAUUUAGCUCCUAUUUUACCAUUGCCACCCAGUCCAGUAGAAGCACCGCCGGCGAGCACAUUUACUACACGGAUGCACCAACCUACGAGCUGGAUUACGACGCUGCCAUUGCCAAUGCCCGUUGCAUAUUUGGCAAGCUAUUCGCUGACGCUGAAUUUCUGCCUCGUGCCCCGGAUCCCGAGGAGAUUGUGGUGGAUGGCGAGGAUCCCAGUGCCUUGAACGAGCACAGUUUGCCCGAGGAUUUGCGGGCACAGCUAAAGGACAUGCAGCAGGCCACUCAGGAAAUGGAUAUACAAGACUAGAUGGAGGAAUAAUUAUAAAUAAAAGUAAGCUAAUAGGUUAAACGAAAUUUUAAUCAAUUUUGUAUACAAUUGCUUCAUAUAUUCCUAUAUAUUUAUUAUGUAAAUUAUUUAUAAUCGCUAAAAGUACUAGGUAUAUAUAUAAAUGUUUAUAUGUGAGUGCUUCUGUGCAUUUUGCUUUGAGAAAUAUAUAUAUCUUUUCGAAAAAUA